CGUACAUUGUACGGCAGCAUUUGCAGAUUUCAGACAACGUGCCUCUGAACCAUACCGUAGCGACCAUGGCGACGUUUCCUCCCCCUUCAAUCGCCGUUGACGGUAUCGUUGACAACUGUGAACAGGCAGAGAUGAUGCCAAAUUGCGACCCUGCUGUUCCUAUUGUGGAAAUGGCAGCCUUGCUAUACCAUGGCGACACCAUUCAAGCGCGUCAUUUGUACCGUCGUUACCGCGAAGGAUGUCCCGCCGAAGUCCAGGCCGCGCUAGAGGCAUGGUGGGGCCUCGGUCGUGCCAUGAUGGAGUACGAUCUUGCGCAGAUCUGGCCUCGAUUGACCCAGUUACAGCAGCAACAACCCAAACCAUACUGUAAUUAUGCCCAAGAAAUUGGAACAGCAUUGUGUCGUCGUUUGCUUCCCAAGUUGGCGUCGAUUUGGAAUAAGAGCAAUGCGAGCGUGUUGCUGGGAUUGCCACGCCAAGAGUGGAAUGUCUUUUUGGAAUCUCAGCGCAAAGCUUUGAUCGAGGAUGCCAAAAACAAAACUCCAAAGUUGGGAUCAGAGCAUACAACCGAUAUUAUUGCCUUUUUGGAAAGUCCAACGUUGCGAAUCUAAUGGACGACGAGCAGGGAGAGAGUUCACGGAUACUGUAGAUACACGAAUCCAAUGCACAAGUUUCUCUUGACAACCUAGCUGCAACCUAAUACAGAAAAAUACUGGAACGUUCCAAAGAUGCUGCAGUUGAUUUGAUAGAGGAUCACUGGCGGUGGCAAAGCAGUCAUGUUCAACAAUAGACGACAGAAUGGCGAUGGACCCUGCAAAAUUCAGGAGUACUUUUGAAAAUAAAACAGCAAUUUGAGGUAGCCGACAUUGAACCAGGCUCUAUUGGCAGCAGAAGCAUUUUUUAGUAACGAAUCUGUACAUGCAAUACUGGAGCAGAUAUUUUUUGGAAGGUGCGGAGCACAAGAACUGCUGGUACAGUUCAUUCCUAACCGUCUAUGAUUAUCAGAGCUUCUACCGGUACUCUGAGCGUUUCUCUACUUUUAGAAUGGAGCAUCUUGUCCAUCAAAAGUGCAACCACUCCAUGUGAGUGGCGCCCUUUAGAAACCGGGGUAGCAAGAUCACACAAAACCCAAGACCACGGCUACGGUACAAAUGUUAUCAAGGUAGGGCCCGUUUGGAGCUGACUGUACUACCAUAGGCAAAAAAAAGGUAACAGCUGCAGGAGGAGGCCGUCUUUGGAGCAGGAUUGGAUUGGCCUGUAACGCCCAUUCUAGCUAC